AUGUACAUCCUCUUGGCCAACUUCUCUUUCCUGGAGAUCUGCUACAUUAGUUCUGAUGUGCCCAAAAUGUUGGCCAAUCUCAUCUCCCAGAUCAAGAGCAUCUCCUAUGCUCGCAGCCUGCUCCAGUUCUACUUCUUCUCCAUGUGUGCUGCAGAGGGCUACUUUCUGUCUGUGAUGUCCUCUGAUCGGUUCCUUGCCGUCUGUAGACCUUUGCAUUACCCCACCAUCAUGACUUACCACCCGUGUGCCCGAUUAGUGGUCUUCUGCUGGGCAGGUGGUUUUCUAUCUAUACUGAUGCCUGCAGUGCUUAUGUCCCGAGUGCCUUUGUGUGGUCCUAACAUCAUUGACCAUUUUUUCUGUGACCUGGGGCCAUUGCUGGUACUGUCCUGUGCCCCACUUCCCAAAACUGCUCUGACUCGUGCUACACUGCCCUUCAGCAAGGUGGAGUGGGCGCGCCACGUGCCCUUCUUCCCCGAGCUGCCAGUGGCCGACCAGGUGGCGCUGCUGCGCCUGAACUGGAGCGAGCUCUUCGCGCUGAACGCGGCUCAGGUGGCGCUGCCCCUGCACACGGAGCCGCAGCUGGCUGCCGGCCUCCAAGCACAGCCCACCGAUCCCGAGUGCGCCGUGGCCUUCAUGGACCAGGUGCGCGCCUUCCAGGAGCAGGUGGACAAGCGGCCUCUGCAGGUCGACUCCGCCUACUACGGCUGCCUCACGGCCAUCGCGCUCUUCACGCGCGACGCCUGUGGCCACGUGGAGAGCCUGCAGGAGAAGGCGCAGGUGGCUCUCACCGAGUACGUGCGGGCGCAGUACCCGUCCCAGCCCCAGCGCUUCGGGCACCAGCUGCUGCGGCUCCCCGCCCUACGCGCGGUCCCUGCCUCCCUCAUCUCCCAGCUGUUCUUCAUAGGCCUGGUGGGGAAGACGCCCAUCGAGACGCUAUACACGCUGCUGUCCGGGAGUACCUUCAACUGGCCCACAGCUCGGGCCAGUGACCACGACGGGGCCGCGUGCGCUGUGGCCAGGCCUGCAGACGGACCUCAAGGGACAGGGAAUGCUGAGACCUCCAGGGGCCUCCCGGGACUCAGGACCCUGGCUUCUCUCCUCAGACUUAUAUUUUUUAAUGACUGUGAAAUGUUUGUCUUUUCUGUUUUUUAA